AAUUUUUCAAUCUCCCUGCUUCUCCAAAGUCGAUGCCCAAAACCCUAACUAGAAAUCACAGUUCCAUUUCCAGCUGAAGAAUCAAAUGGCAACUUCACUAAUAACCAAAACCCUAAACUCAAUCAAAAACCCUAAACUCUUGAGACCACUUACCCGCCAAUUCACCUCCAUCGCCACCGUCCAAUCCGAAAACCCUUCUUCCUCUUUCACUUUCGCUGACUCCGACAGCAAUAGCAGUAGCAGUUGUAAUGACAGCAAUAUAUACAUGAGGAAGGGACCUCCAAAUUGUAAUGUGAAAGGCGAAAAGGAUUCAUCUUCGGUGACAAUGCCGAUGUCAUCUAUGACAGGGUCAAUUGUGGGCAAGAGGUUUUAUAAGCAAGUGACAACAAGAGAAGCCGAUGAUGGGAAUGGAUGGAAUGUGAUGCUUGAUUAUAGAACUCUUAAAACUCCUUCUAAAAGGCCUCUCAAGUUGCCCACUCUAGCUCUUGCUAAGGCUAUUGCUGCUGAAUGGGAUUAUCAGCAAACAGAUGGGAUCAGGCCUUUUACAAUGCCUCUCAUGAAACUUGCAUGCACUGCAUUGGACAGAGUCCCACUCACCCGGCCGAAGAUUAUUGAACACUUGAUGAAGAAAUUUAGUCAGGAUUUAGUAUUCUGUCGUGCUCCUGAGGAUAAUGUUCUCACUAGUGGUGUCUAUGAACGGCAGGUGGAGAAAUUUGAUCCCUUAAUUGGUUGGAUAAAAUCAGAAUUUGGCUUUAAGCCUGUUGUGCACUCGUGUCUUUUUGGUGGCAAGCAGGAGGAGGGUCUAGUGAAAGCAAUAGAAAACCUUCUAAAACAAACCGAUGAUUGUCAAUUGGCGGUUAUUGAUGCAAUUGCAUCUGCAGCACACUCUUUAAUAAUUGCUGUUGGAAUUGUUAAGGGGAAAUUGGAUAUUGAGGAAGCUAUUGAGCUUAUCAGACUUGAAGAAGAUUUUCAGGUUGACACAUGGGGUUUGGUUGAAGGUGGUCAUGACAUUGAUAUUGCUGAUCUAAGGGUACAAAUCUCCUCUGCUGCUGUUUUCCUGGGCCUUUCCAGGAAAUGACCUCUGUAUACUGUUGAUAUUUUACAACUCAAUUGUUUGUUUCAGUGCGACUACUUUUACCUUUAGCUGUAGAUCUCAAAGAUCUACAUUUAACUCUCAAGGUUUUGUAAGAACUUUUGUUGUGAUUUUGCUGAGAUGUAGUUGAUGCAAUAAUUGUGUCGUUUGCUUGUGCAAUCAAGAGAACUGAUGAUGCUAAUAGUCUAAUACUACUAUUUAUCAUGGUCAACAAGAAUGAAGUUUUGCUUAUACAA